CCCCCGCUCGGUUGUGUAAGCUCAGUCGCCUUGUUAUGACACAUCCCCAAAUGUGUACGUGUGGGAAAUCAGAUUCCACUCAUCCCUAGAGUAAGUUCUCUGGAAGUUCCUGGACGGGACUCUUGGUACCUCUGGUAUCCCUUUCCUGCACCUGGUCCACCUUCGAGUGAGAAGCAUGGAGGCAGGGGGAUUAGACGUGGCAGCCGGUGCUCCACUGGUAGAGCCAUCGUCCAACCAAGGAGGGAGCAGUGAUGAGAGUGCACAGACUGAAGCUAGCCAGAGCACAGCGGAUAGCCCAAGUGCAAGCAGAAUGAAGAGGCUAUUUGGCUUUGAGAGAGAGGACCUGUCCUCCUGGCAUCGGUUUGUGUGUCUCUUGAAUCGGCCCACCGACCCAGCUUCCCUCGGAAUCUUCCGCUUCUUGUUUGGGAUGGUGAUGGCUAUUGACAUCACGCAGGAGCGAGGCCUGAGCCACCUGGACUACAAGUACCUGGAUGGAGCUCCAGUGUGCCGCUUUCCCCUGUUCAACUUCCUCAAGCCUCUGCCCCUGGACUGGAUGUACUUGGUCUACGUGAUCAUGUUGAUAGGAGCGAUUGGGAUCAUGCUCGGAUGUUUCUAUCGCCUCUCGUGCCUCAUGUUCAUAUCCACCUACUGGUACAUCUUCUUCCUGGACAAGACUGCCUGGAACAACCACUCCUACCUGUACGGCCUCAUUGGCUUCCAGCUCACUCUCAUGGAUGCUAACAGAUACUGGUCAAUUGAUGGACUGUUUAAUUCAAAGAAGAGGAAUGCUGAUGUUCCACUGUGGAACUACACACUCCUUAGAACCCAGAUAUUCUUAGUAUACUUCGUUGCUGGAAUUAAAAAGCUUGAUGCAGACUGGGUGGAGGGAUACUCAAUGGGAUACCUUGCUCACCACUGGCUCUUUGACCCUUUCAAGUAUAUACUCCCAGUCGAACUGGUCAGUCUGCUGGUGAUCCAUGGAGGUGGCUUGGUACUGGACCUCACAGCUGGCUACCUGCUUUUUUUUGACCUCACACGUCCCUAUGCAUUCGUCUUUGUCUCAUAUUUUCACUGCAUGAACUCGCAACUCUUCAGCAUUGGUAUGUUUGCCUACACCAUGUUGGCCACUAGCCCCCUGUUCUGCUACCCUGACUGGCCGAGGCGUUUCUUCGGCCACUUCCCAGAGUUCCUAGAGCCGAUACUGCCCAUCACAUCACCUCCGUCCCAGACCAGUUCCUCGUGCGUCUACUCCAGCCCACCGCCAGUAUCCGCACCCCCACAGGAGGGCGCCAAAGCCCCCUCUAGACCCUCCAGCCCCGGACUGAAGCACAAGCUCUUCGCCAUCUUCACCGUUGUUUAUAUCAUAGAGCAGGUCUGCCUGCCCUACUCUCACUUCAUCACACAGGGAUACAACAACUGGACCAAUGGACUGUAUGGAUACUCAUGGGACAUGAUGGUUCAUUCCCGAUCCCACCAGCAUGUUAAGAUCACUUAUCGAGAUGGAAUCACAGGGGACGUUGGAUACCUUAACCCAGGGGUGUUCACCCAGAGCAAGCGCUGGAAGGACCAUGGGGACAUGCUGAAGCAAUACGCCACCUGCCUCUACCAUCAACUCCCACACUACAACAUCUCAGAACCAGAGCUCUACUUUGACAUCUGGGUGUCCAUCAACGAGCGCUUCCAGCAGAGGAUUUUUGAUCCUCGUGUUAAUAUUGUGAAAGCUGAAUGGUCACCAUUUAAGCCAAAUUCUUGGCUCAUGCCUCUGCUGGUGGACCUGUCGCCUUGGAGGAAGAAGUUUCUGGACAUCGAGGACACCCUCGAUAAUCAGACAGAGAUUGUCUUCAUUGCUGACUUCCCCGGCUUGCACCUGGAGAACUAUGUCAGUGAGGAUCUGGGCAACACCUCGGUGCAGGUGCUGCAGGGGCAGGUGAAUGUGGAGAUUCUGGAGGAAAAGAAAAACUACACUCUGCAGAUGGGCGAACAGAUGAAGCUUCCAGCGGGAGCCUACCACAAGGUCCACACAGUGUCUGAGGGUCCGUCCUGCUACAUGUACAUCUAUGUGAACACCACGGAGACUGCUCUGCAGCAGAACUUCACCAAGCUCUCUGAGCUGCAGGAGCGGAUUCGCAAUGGGACCGAGACCGAGCCCCUGCCGCCGGAGCUUCAGCCCCUCACCAUUGACAACGAGGACGGCCUCGCCGAGAUCAACGCCACUGACCCCAUCGUCCAGCUCUUCCUGAAACGGCAGCGCCGCAUGAAGGAAGUGAGAAAGCGACGCGAGGCCAACGUCAUCGAGAGGCUCAAUCGGUUCGCCGUGAAAAAAUUCUACAUGCUGCGACGUGGGUUCCUGAUGACCUCGAUCGCCUUGCGCAACCUGGCCUUUGGGCUCCCUCCCAUGGAGCAGCUCCAGAGAGAGGUGGAGUACGCCAACAUGAAAGAGCCGGAGGCCCAGCCCAGUCACGAGGAGAACCUGAAGGCCGAGGCGGGUCACGACGAACUCUAAAGCCCCCCUCUCCGACGUCCAAGCAGAACUUUUAUGUGAGCAGAUCAGUGUUACGUACUUGUCUUCGGCUGUUACCGGACUGGUCGUGGGAGUGAGACACUCGGAACAUUCCGAAAGGUUGGAUGGGAAAUUUUUGUUUUUCCAAGAAGCUUGCUUGUAAUUAUUUUUUAUGGAUGACUAUGACUUGUAAUAAUGUGAUGCAUACGGUUGUUUUUUUGUUUGAGAUGGAACACGUUACAGAAAGCUGAAGCUUUAGAUUUUUUUUUUCCCCUAAAUGAUAUGCUGUGCAAGCAUAAAAGAACUUGAGCUGGACAGUAUGGUCAGUGCCUUUUAAUCAUGGAAGAUAUGAGAAGAGGGAGACCCUCGGUCUGUGUCUGGGUGGGAAGAAACUGUAAAGCAUGUAAACAUUUAUGGGUUUGACCAUUUCACAAGAUGCUGUUUGGAUUUGGAUAGCAUGCAAGUAAUCCAGAGCGGUCCCAUGUGUAGUCAUGUAUACUUUAGCAUUCCGCAAGGUAAUUGAACUGUUAAAAAAAAAAAAAAAAAGUUAUGUUCAAGCAGAAUAUGAACUGGCUUAGUGACUGGCUUGCACUAUUCUGAUGUUAUUUGCCUGGAAAGACAAUAGACACUGUUGAUUUUAUGGACCUACAGUAUGCUUGUCUUCUCAUUGAAAGUCUGGACAGUGGACCAAGUAUAUUAAUGUGACAUUUUAACAAAGAUUUUCAGGGGGACGAUUUAUUGCCCAGAUUAAAGCAAAGGAACAAACAUUA